UCGUCGUCCGCGCGCGCGUCCGGCGGGAAGAUCCUGUUCGGAUCGCAGACCGGCACCGCGCGAAGGCUCGCGCACAAGCUGUCCGCGUCGCUGCGCGCGCGCCACGGCCUCGAGCUCGACGUCGUCGACGCGCGCGACUUCGAGCCGGAGAGCCUGUCGUCCACGCCCGUCGCGGUCGUGAUCUUGUCCACGUACGAGGACGACGACGGCGCCGCGCCGCCGGAGAACGCGCGCUGGCUCUGCCGGUGGGUUCGAGAGUCCGCGAUGGACGAGCGCGUCGGCGCGCUUCAUCUCGCGGAGACCAAGUACGCGGUGUUCGGGUGCGGGAACAGGGAGUACGGCGACGCGUUCCACGAGUGGGCGGAUAAGCUCGCGGCGCGGCUGACCGCGGGCGGGAUCGGCGGCGGCGGAAUGCGGGCGAACGAGGACGUGAUGAAGAGACGCGCGGGCGCGGGCGCGAGGGGGACGCGGGACCGGGACGGCGACGGCGACGGCGGGGGGAAGCCGCUCGCGGCGGCGGCGGCGGCGGCGGCGGCGGCGCGCGCGUCGUCGCCGUCGGACACGUCCUCGGAGGACGUCGUCGUGGACUACGACACGGACGCGGAGGAAGGGUCGGGGGACGACGACGGCGGCGGCGACGAGAUGUCCGCGGGGAGCGAGGACGACCUCGACAUGGAAGACAUCGGCGGCGGCGGCGGCGGCGGCGGCGACGCGACGAAGGAGAAACGCGAGAUGGUCACGCCGCAGCUCCGCGAAGCGCUGACGAAACAAGGGUAUAAAAUCCUCGGCUCGCACAGCGGCGUGAAGCUGUGCCGGUGGACGAAAGCGAUGCUGCGCGGCCGCGGGGGGUGUUACAAACACAGCUUCUACGGCAUCGAGUCGCACCGGUGCAUGGAGACGACGCCGAGCCUGGCGUGCGCCAACAAGUGCGUGUUUUGCUGGCGGCAUCACACCAACCCCGUCGGACGCGAGUGGAGGUGGCAGAUGGACGACCCGCUGACGCUCGUGACCGCGGCGAUCGACGGACACAGAGGGAUGAUAAAGCAGAUGAAAGGCGUCCCGGGGGUGGUACAAACUCGCUUCGACGAGGGCAUGGAUCCGAGGCACUGCGCGUUGUCUCUCGUGGGCGAGCCCAUCAUGUAUCCGGAGAUUGCGAAGUUCGUGUCGCUGCUGCACGAGCGGAGGAUCAGCACGUUCUUGGUCACGAACGCGCAGUUCCCGGACGCGAUCGUGAACCUCCCCGCGAUCACGCAGCUGUACGUGAGCGUGGACGCGGCGACGCCGGAGACGUUGAAGGCGAUCGAUCGGCCUUUGUUUGGCGACUACUGGGACCGAUUCGUCGGCAGCCUCAAAGCUCUGCGAACGAAGAACCAGCGCACGGUGUACCGCCUCACCCUCGUCGCCGGGUGGAACGCCUCCGACGCGACCGAGUACGCGAAGCUCAUCGACCUCGGCAAGCCGGACUUUAUCGAGAUCAAAGGCAUGACGUACUGCGGAUCAACCUCGGGAGCGUCGAAUUUGACGAUGAAAAACGUGCCGUACCACAAGGACGUGAAAGCGUUCGGGGAGUCCCUCGCCGCGUACGGCCUCGCGUGCGAACACGAGCACAGCUGCUGCAUUCUCCUCGCGCGGAAAGACCCGUACUUACGCGACGGCGCGUGGCACACGUGGAUCGACUACGAGAAGUUUCAAGACCUCGCCGCGAGCGGGAAGCCGUUCACGGCCGAGGACUACAUGCUCCCGACGCCGGCGUGGUCGACGUGGGGCGCGGAGGAAGCGGGGUUCGACCCGGGCGAGACGCGCGUGCGGAAGGUUCGGAACCACCCCGGGAAG